UAAGAUAAUCUUCAUUCAAGUCGAGAAUUUGAACACGAUGACAUCUCCAAGGUUUGCCGUCUAUGUGACAUGGUUGUUCUUGUGGAAAAUGGCUCAUUCAACUGAUCUAAAAUUGUCGUCACCUGUGCAUCAAGAAAGAGGUUUUACAUCAGUUGGGGUUGGAGACAAAAUUACUUUGGAAUGUUUCUAUCAGAAAAAUGUUGGAGAAUGGCUUUACUGGUUUAAGCAAAUGUUGGGACAACAACCAAAGCUGAUCUCCUCCUUCUAUAAGCACACCAAAAAUGGGAAUUUUCAUCAUGAAUUUGAGAACAAUCCACGCUUCACACUGGAUACGGAAAACUGUCAAAAUCAUUUGACAAUUAUUGAUUUGAAAUUCUCAGACUCAGCAACUUACUACUGUGCACAUAGGACUUCAUUUCUGUUGACUUUUGCCGAGGGCACCGUGGUCAGUGUGCAGGGUUCAGGUUGGACCGUCCCGGCUUUGCUCCAUCAGUCACCAUCAGAGACCAUCCAGACAGGAGGCUCUGUGACUCUGAACUGUACAGUACAAACUGGGACCUGUGAUGGUCAACACAGUGUUUACUGGUUCAAAGACUCUGAAGAAUCUCAUCCAGCACUCAUUUACACUGAUGGAGGCAGCACUGAUCAGUGUGAGAGGAAAGCCAACACACAAACACACACCUGUGACUACAACUUGCCGAUGGAGAGCCUGAAUCUGUCUCAUGCUGGAACCUACUACUGUGCUGUUGCCUCGUGUGGACACAUUCUGUUUGGAAACGGGACCAUGCUGGACUUUGAAGAUGAGAAGGACUCUCGUAUCUAUUUCUUGAGUGGAGCUCUAACUUUUACCAUCAUCCUUAAUGUCUUUCUGGUUUUCUUACUUUGCAUGAUGAACAAGAGAAACCGCUGUGAAGUUACAGAGUCUCAUGCAAGAUAUUCAGCUCCCUUCACACCAAAUGCAGAGGCUGAUCAAAACGAAUCAAACAUCCAAUAUGCGGCGGUGAGAGAACUAAAGAUCAGCAGAUCUAGAAGACAAAGGAACAACCUUGAGACUGAAUCCACAUACUCAACUAUAAAGCUGUAGGAGUGUACCUUGUAGGAUAUUAGAAAUAACUAACGACCCGGUUCAUAAAAUUAAUAAAAUGCAUAUAGUGUACACCAGAAU